CCUCGAGCCGCAGAGGGCCCGAGCCUCGGACGCCGGCGCCUCCUCCUGCCAUUGUUCGUCUGGCCGUAGCAGCGGCGGGCGCGGGAGCCCGGGCCCGGGAGCGACCGCAACAUCAUGACAACAGAGAAGAGUUUAGCAACUGAGACCGAAAAUUCACAGCACCAACAACAGAAGGAAGAGGGUGAAGGAGCCACAAACUCAGGCCAACAAGAAACUCAGCUGGAGGAGUCUUCUCACACAGCAGCUGAGGGAGACAAUCAGUGUGACCAGAAGCUGAGAGCCUCUAAUGGAGACACCCCCACACAUGAAGACUUGACCAGGAACAAGGAGCGGACUUCAGAAAGCAGGGGCCUGUCAAGACUGCUUUCCUCAUUUCUCAAAAGGCCCAGAUCUCAGGUCUCUGAGGAGGAAGGCAAAGAAGGAGAGUCAGACAAAGAAAAAGGUGAAGGAGGUCAGAAAGAGAUAGAAUUUGGAACCAGUCUUGAUGAAGAGAUCAUUUUAAAGGCCCCGAUUGCAGCUCCUGAACCUGAACUCAAAACAGACCCAUCCUUGGAUCUCCAUUCAUUAAGCAGUGCAGAAACACAGCCUGCCCAGGAAGAACACAGAGAAGAGCCAGAUUUUGAAACUAAGGGAGGAGAAGGAAUUGAAGAGUGCUUCAAAACAGAAGUAAAAGAAGAAAAUCCUCAAUCAAAAGCAGAAGAAUUAAAAGCUUCUGAGAAAUCGAUCAGAAGACACAGAAACAUGCAUUGCAAGGUUUCUUUGUUGGACGACACAGUUUAUGAAUGUGUCGUGGAGAAACAUGCUAAGGGACAAGAUUUGCUUAAACGAGUGUGUGAGCACCUCAAUCUUUUGGAGGAAGACUAUUUUGGCCUCGCCAUUUGGGACAAUGCAACCUCUAAGACGUGGCUGGAUUCUGCCAAAGAAAUAAAAAAGCAGGUUCGUGGUAUUCCUUGGAAUUUCACCUUUAAUGUAAAGUUUUAUCCACCUGACCCCGCACAGUUAACUGAAGACAUAACAAGAUACUAUUUAUGUCUUCAGCUUCGCCAGGACAUAGUUUCAGGACGUCUGCCAUGUUCCUUUGCAACCUUAGCAUUAUUGGGUUCUUACACCAUCCAGUCCGAGUUGGGAGACUAUGACCCAGAACUCCAUGGAGUGGAUUAUGUCAGUGAUUUUAAAGUGGCUCCAAAUCAGACCAAGGAACUCGAAGAGAAGGUCAUGGAACUGCAUAAAUCAUACAGGUCCAUGACUCCAGCUCAGGCUGACUUGGAAUUUCUUGAGAAUGCCAAAAAGUUGUCUAUGUAUGGAGUUGAUCUUCAUAAAGCGAAGGACUUGGAGGGAGUAGAUAUUAUCCUGGGUGUCUGCUCUAGUGGCCUUCUGGUUUACAAAGAUAAGCUGAGAAUUAACCGCUUUCCUUGGCCUAAAGUAUUGAAGAUUUCUUACAAACGAAGCAGCUUUUUUAUCAAGAUUCGGCCUGGAGAGCAAGAACAGUAUGAAAGUACCAUUGGGUUCAAACUUCCCAGUUAUCGAGCAGCUAAGAAAUUAUGGAAAGUCUGUGUAGAGCAUCACACAUUUUUCAGACUGACAUCUACAGACACUCUUCCCAAAAGCAAAUUUCUUGCCCUAGGAUCCAAAUUUCGAUACAGUGGCCGGACUCAAGCUCAGACCAGGCAAGCUAGUGCCCUGAUUGACAGACCUGCCCCGCACUUUGAACGUACAGCAAGCAAACGGGCAUCCCGGAGCCUUGAUGGAGCAGCAGCUGCAGACUCAGCAGACCGGAGUCCUCGGCCCACCUCUGCACCAGCCAUUGCUCAAAGUCAGAUCUCAGAAGGCGGUGUCCCAGGAGCACCUGUCAAAAAAACAGCCCAGAAGGAAACAGUGACAGUUGAAGUGAAAAAGGAAGAAGAGCCCCCUGAGCCAGCUGAGCCAGAGCCUACAGAAGCAUGGAAGGUGGAAAAAACCCACAUCGAGGUCACAGUACCUACCUCAAGUGGUGAACAAACACAGAAGCUUGCAGAAAAAAAUGAAGAUCUGAUAAGAAUGAGGAAGAAAAAGAGAGAGAGACUAGAUGGUGAAAACAUUUAUAUCAGACAUAGCAAUUUAAUGUUGGAGGAUUUAGAUAAGAGUCAAGAAGAGAUCAAAAAACAUCAUGCCAGCAUCAGUGAGCUGAAAAAGAAUUUCAUGGAAUCUGUACCGGAACCACGGCCUAGUGAAUGGGAUAAGCGCUUAUCUACUCAUUCACCUUUCCGAACUCUUAACAUCAAUGGACAAAUCCCUACAGGAGAAGGAAGUAUAAAUGGCAUUCGCACAGAGGAGGUGGCUCUCGUGACAAAGGUGCUAUCUACUAACCCUGACUCUGAGUGGGAGGGCCCCAAGCACUCCGUAGUUCCUAGUAAGAGCCAGCUGACCACCCCGUCGGAGUCUCCACAAAGCUUUGACUUUGGCUCCCUCUCCAUAAGCAGCAAGGAGACAGAAGAGAAGGAGCAGGGGGAAGCUGGUUAUUUUGAUGCUAACGAAAUGCCAAGAGUCCCAAGUGGGGAAUGUAUAGGAAUGGAGGAACAGGCCAGUGCCUUAAACUUCUCAGCCAAACCAGCCUCCUGUCAGCUGCAACUUGGUGAGAAAAAGGCGCAGAGUAGUGAAGAGCAUGUUGCACCAGGAGAGCCACGUGGGAAGCAUAAUGGAUCAUUUCUUGACUCUCAAGUGGGGAGCCAGUUCCCUGCCCUCAUUCGAAGUUUCCAGCCUCCCCUGGUGAAGACUCAAACUGUCACCAUCUCAGACACUGCCAACGCCAUGAAAAGUGAAAUCCCAACCAAAGACGUCCCUAUUGUCCACACUGAGACCAAGACCAUCACUUAUGAGGCUGCCCAGGCUGAUGACAGCAAUGGGGACUUGGACCCAGGGGUCUUGCUGACAGCUCAAACCAUCACAUCCGAGACCACAAGCAGCACCACCACAACUCAGAUUACCAAGACUGUCAAGGGCGGGAUUUCAGAGACCCGGAUUGAGAAGAGAAUCGUGAUCACCGGAGACGCCGAUGUUGACCAUGAUCAGGUCCUUGUACAAGCCAUCAAAGAGGCAAAGGAACAGCACCCUGACAUGUCAGUGACCAAGGUGGUCGUCCAUCAGGAGACCGAGAUCUCUGAGGAGUGAGCUCAGGAACUACCCUACCCCCAGCUCCCUGCCCUUCUCCCAUCCAAGAGAAACCAGCGAAAUUAUAAGGAAGCUAACCUGCAAUAGUCAGACUUCAGACUUUCAAGAUUAUCGUAAACCACCAGAAACUGAAUUUCCUUUUCUAUUUGGAGUUUAUAUCAAGAGAUUCUAGAUAUCACUGAUCCUUUUCAAGACCUUUUUCUAUAUUGUGAUACCGGAAAUUGUUCAACUUUUCAUUCUAUGGACAGUUUUUAAAGAACUUUUGGGGUUUUUUUAUGGGGUACUUUGUAACCCCUUCAGCCUAGCCUUUCCUCACUGAUUUCCAACCCAGAUACCGACAGGGUCCACAGACUCCUUCAGGAAAUGCUCCAGACUCUGCCACCUUUGUUGGAGGCCGAAGCCAGCUCGGAGACUCCUGCUCCCCCCCUGGGUCUAUGCCCUUUGGACAACAGCAGAAACGGCCUGAACCAGCGUUCCCAGAGCCAGUGACAUGACUUUCCCAGAGUGGCCAGCAGGACAACUGCCUGACCCACAGACCUCAGAACCAUGUCCCUGUCCUUUCGCUGAGGGUGUCUGGUGAGGCAAACACCUCUGCUGAGAAUGUAGUGUUUUUUUCUCCUUCCCUCUUAGUCUUUCUUUUUGGAGAUUCUUUAUAACAAGGACAUAAGAAGUCGCUCCUAAUAUAUCUGAUACUGUGAAUGUUGGAACAAAUCUGUGGCCUUCACCUCCCCAGCCGCCCCCUUACCUCAUCAGAAGCAGUGACUCUUCAGUGCUGUCCCUACUCCCAGCUCAGGAGACCGAACUCACGGGAAAAGAGGCACUUUGGCCAAAAGCGGUAAUGGAACAUGUUUGGUGAUGAUGUGGAAAAGAAAGUUAAUGAGAUUUUUAACGUACGUCCUGGGCAUGUGCACUUCACAGGGGGAAUGGUGGAGUUUCCCGGUCGGAUCCUGCUGAGAACUAGUUUGGGGUGGCCUCUGGGCCUCCUCCUUUCACCAGCAGUGAUGAGAGAAUGUGGUGGGAGGGGCCUGUAUUCUGUGAACUCUUCUCCCCCAAUGGGCACCUGCCCGAGGCCACCUUUCUGGAGCAAGAGGAUUGGCUUUUAGGGUUCCCCCUUCCCACAGGACAAACAUGACAGGGGUACAAGCCCCAGCUCUGCUCGGUCCCACCGGCCAGCUGAGGUCCGUCAGGUUCUGUAUGCUUGAUUUUGUGGUAGGUUUGGGCUUUAGUUUCUUUUUUCCCCUUGGUUUUGG